AUGCCUCGUCCUGAUCUCGCCAAGCUGGGAAUCAACUACAGGCGAAUCCCAGUCUUGUCAACUGGACAAGAUGUUUACCUAGAUACUCGACUGAUCAUCCAAAAAUUGGAACAGCUCGAGGUAUCCAAUCCCAAGCUUGGCGCUGACGGGCCGGAGAGAAAAGCCAUCGAGAAGCUUUUAGAGAUAUUUGCCGUUGAUGGCGGGAUCUUCAGCCGCGCGGCGCAAUUACUUCCAUCCGAUUUACCAAUGUUGAAGGAUCCGGCGUUCGGCAAGGACCGAAUUGACUUCAACAACGGCAGGCGCUGGUCCCGAGAUGACUGGACUGUCGUGAAGCCAGAGGCGAUCAACGAGAUCAGGAACGCCAUGGAGUUCCUCGAGACGACGCUCCUAGCUGAUGGUCGUGACUGGAUCUUGAAGACCGACCAGCCAAGUUUGGCUGAUAUCGAAGGCGUGUGGCCACUCCACUGGAUUGCUGGCAUACCGGGCGCACUGCCUCCUGACCAGGUCUCGGCCGAGCGGUUUCCUAAAGUCUAUGCAUGGAUCAAUAGAUUCCAGAAGGCCGUGUCUGCGGCCAAGAAAAGCCAACCGAAGCCGCUUGAUAUAUCGGGAGACAAGGCGAGAGAACUGAUUUUGAACUCUGGCUAUAGUGAUCCAGAUGGUCAAGUCGACCCAAGUGACCCGCUAACCCGGGCUCACAACCUGAAGAGAGGAGAGCCUGUGACGGUUUGGCCUACAGAUACCGGGUCGUCACAUAGAGACGUCGGUCUUUUGGUCUCACUCGACGGAAAGGAGGUCGUCUACGAGACACAGCCGGAUACCUCACCUAAGCAGGGCGUGCGAGUCCACGCCCCAAGGCACGGAUUCAGAAUCAGCCAUGCAGACAGGGUUUCAAGCUUGAAAUUAUGA